GAUUUACUGUUUUUUUAUUUGAUAUUUACAGUUUUCUACAGUUUUUUUCUGGCAUAUCUACAGUUUAGCUCUAUGCUGGGGUUGGCAACACUGGUAGCGAGUACUAUACCUAAUUAUUCUUUGCUUAUCUGUAACUGUCAAAAUGAAAUUAUAAAUAAAUUGUUAUUUAUUUUGCUACUGAAAUUAAAGUUAAAUUACAAAUAGUUUUACAUACCCUUUGACAACAAAUUAAAGAGAAGGGUUCUGACAUUGGUGGUUUCAAUCGUGCGCUACUGGCACAACUGAAAGAGUGAAGGCCAUUAAGCAAUCAAUCAAAAAUUAAGGGUUAUAAUAUAUUUUAUUUUAGCAAUAUGUUGUCAAGAUUUUAUAGUUCGUUACAUGUAACUAGUACAAAAGUUUCGUGCGUUAAUUAUUUCUUCAUAAAUAACUUCUCACAAAAGUCAAAUACGGAGGCUCAAGAAAUAGAUAAACACAAGAAAGGUGAAUCUAAGAGGUUGGCAGAAUUUAGGAAAAAAUUAAGGGAAACGACACCAAUAAAAGAUUUGGGUGAACAAGAAGAAGUCCAAGCUAAAGAAAACCCAUUGCAAGCAUGGCCCAAUGACACAAACCCAAAUACUGGAGAAGUUGGGGGACCCAGAGGGCCAGAGCCAACUAGAUAUGGUGAUUGGGAAAGGAAGGGACGAGUUUCAGAUUUUUAGAAAUUUUUAUAAUUAAUCAUGCCAUGUAUUUUGUUAAAAGCUUAAUUUAUUAAAAAAAAACUAAAUUUGAAAAUAUUUAUGGAAAUACUGCUAGUAAAAAUUAGUCAAACAAAAUAAGUAUAGUAAAUUAUAGGUUAUGCAAUGUUUUUAUGUUAAUAGUAAACUUGUUUUUUGGUUUAAAAUUCUGAGUGAGAGUAGAAUUAAAAACAAUGAAAUGCUUAGCAAUAAUUGUUAAAAAUGUAUAAGAGUAUGGGAAGAUAAAAAAAUAAAAGAUAUAUUUGAUA